AUGCAUUUCAAGAACACCUUUGUUGUUGGCGUCAUUGCCUCGCUGUCUGCUACCACCAUUGCAGCACCCGUUUUUGCUCGCUCCGAUGCUGAUGCCGCGACUGCUUACGUCGUCGACAAGCGUUCAGACGCAGAUGCUGCCACCGCUUAUGUUGUUGACAAGCGUUCUGAUGCCGACGCCGCAACAGCUUAUGUCGUCGACAAGAGAUCCGACGCGGAUGCAGCUACCGCAUAUGUAGUUGAUAAGCGCUCCGAUGCGGACGCUGCCACCGCCUACGUGGUCGAUAAACGAUCUGACGCUGACGCUGCUACCGCGUAUGUCGUAGACAAGAGAUCUGAUGCCGACGCCGCUACGGCAUACGUCGUUGACAAACGUUCAGAUGCCGAUGCUGCGACUGCCUACGUCGUCGAUAAACGCUCUGAUGCCGAUGCGGCCACCGCCUAUGUCGUCGAUAAGCGCUCAGACGCGGAUGCCGCAACUGCGUACGUUGUGGAUAAGCGCUCCGACGCUGAUGCUGCCACAGCCUACGUCGUUGACAAGAGAUCGGAUGCUGAUGCCGCUACCGCGUACGUUGUUGACAAGCGCUCUGAUGCCGAUGCUGCCACUGCCUAUGUCGUUGACAAGCGAUCUGAUGCCGAUGCUGCCACCGCUUACGUUGUUGACAAGCGAUCUGAUGCUGAUGCUGCUACCGCAUAUGUGGUUGACAAGCGAUCUGAUGCCGAUGCCGCUACCGCGUACGUUGUUGACAAGCGCUCUGAUGCCGAUGCUGCUACUGCCUACGUCGUCGACUAA